AUGUCGUUCAAAGACGAAUACUGACUAGGAAGUGCGAUCUUUUUCCACGCAGCAGAAAGUGUUUUGUUUUGUUCUUUGUUCGUCUCCUGCAGUAAAUUGCCGAAGGGUAAACACGGCUAGUAUGACGUGAAUUAGGAAUGCUAGACCACGCUGGGGUCCUGGAGCACAAACACUCUCACACGCCGUUUUACAGUAGGAGACAAGAGUCGCUGGAGCAACAACUGCAGCAAUAAUGAGAAUCCUGAUAGGAUUUUUCAUCCUGUGUCUUCUUGUGCAUGGGUGCAGAGGUAUUGAAUUAACUGGGAUGUAUGGUAUCAUCCAGUCUCCCAAUUUCCCGGAGUCCUAUCCCAAAGAUUCUGAGGUUGCAUGGAAUAUAUCUGUCCCAGACGGAUUUAAAAUAAAACUUUAUUUUAUGCACUUUGACCUGGAACCAUCCUACCUCUGUGAAUAUGACUAUGUUAAGAUUGAGGCAGACCAGGGGUUACAGGCUACAUUCUGCGGCCGGGAGGACACAGAUACAGAACAGACGCCCAGGGAGCAGAUUAUCAUGUCUCACAGAAACAAACUUAGUGUCACCUUCAGGUCUGACUUCUCCAACGAAGAGCGGUUCACUGGAUUCGAGGCCCAUUACACUGCAGUUGAUGUGGAUGAAUGUAAAGACAGAAAUGAUGAAGAACUGGUUUGUGACCACUACUGCCAUAACUACAUUGGUGGAUACUAUUGCUCUUGUAGGUUUGGUUACAUUCUGCAUUCAGACAACAGGACCUGUAGAGUGGAAUGCAGUGACAAUGUGUUCAAUGAGAGGACAGGGAUUGUUACCAGCUCUGAUUUCCCUAACCCAUACCCUAAAAGCUCUGACUGCUUGUACCGGAUUGAGCUGGAGGAGGGAUUUUUUAUAAACCUGGAAUUUGAUGACAACUUUGAUAUUGAAGACCACCCCGAGGUCACGUGUCCAUAUGACUACUUAAAGAUCAAGGCUGGAAAACGAGAAUUUGGGCCACUGUGUGGUGAUCGCUCUCCUGGACGGAUUGAGACAGGAAGCAACAGCGUUCAGAUUCUCUUCCACAGUGACAACUCAGGAGAGAAUAUUGGCUGGAGGCUGUCUUACGCUGCUGUCGGGAAUUCGUGUCCUAACCCACAGCCCCCAGCUAAUGGGAAGAUUGAACCAGUUCUUGUCCAGUAUUCCUUUAAAGAUCAGAUCCUGGUUACAUGUGAUACUGGAUAUAAUGUGCUAAAGGAUGAUAUAGAAAUUGAGCACUAUCAAAUGGAGUGUCUAAAAGAUGGUUCCUGGAGUAGCAGUGUUCCCUCUUGCAAAAUUGUGGAUUGCAAGGCUCCAGUAGAAAUUGAAUAUGGAUAUGUGAUCUAUGACAGCAGCAAAAACCUUACCACCUAUGGCUCCACCAUUCAGUAUUCCUGUAAAGAGCCACGCUAUCAGAUGUACCCCAAAAUCAAUGGUACAUAUACAUGUGGGGAGAAAGGAGCAUGGAUAAAUAAGGAAGUAGACACUAAACUGCCUUCCUGCAUGCCAGUGUGCGGAGAGCCAUUGCAGCCGUUACCCAGCUUGAUGAAGAGGAUUGUUGGCGGGCGAAGUGCGGAUCCUGGCUUCUUCCCCUGGCAAGCUCUCAUCAUGGUGGAAGACAUGUCACGGGUGCCCGAGGACAAGUGGUUUGGCAGCGGCGCUCUCCUCUCAGAGUACUGGGUCCUGACGGCCGCGCACGUCCUGCGAUCCCAGCGUCGGGACAGCACCGUGACCCCCGUGUCCGAGGACCACGUGGUCGUCUAUCUUGGCCUCCAUGACAUCCGCAACAAGAUGGACGCCGUGAACCGCAGUGUGGAGAAAAUCGUCCUCCAUGAGGACUUCGACCCCCACAACUACAACAACGACAUCGCCCUGGUCAAACUCAAAGAGAAGGUGACCAUGAAUCCUUUAGUGAUGCCAAUCUGUCUCCCGCCUGCGAAUCAGGAUUCCUCGGGCCCCCAUCCCAACACCCUGGGCCUAGUGGCAGGAUGGGGCAUCUCCAAGCCCAAUGUGUCCAUGGACAACACAGUGAGCUCUGACGUGGGGAUGGUGUCCAACGUUCUGCAGUAUGUCAAACUUCCAGUGGUCCCGGAAACGGAGUGCAAAUCGAGCUACGCAUCCAGGUCUGGGAAAUAUAACAUCACCAAGAACAUGUUCUGCGCAGGCUACUACGAGGGUGGGAAGGAUACGUGCCUGGGAGAUAGCGGAGGAGCCUUCGUGAUGGAGGACACCGAGACCAAGAGAUGGGUUGUCCAAGGGUUAGUCUCCUGGGGAGGCCCUGAGGAAUGUGGCAGCCGGCGCGUCUAUGGAGUUUAUACCAAGGUGUCUAAUUACGGAGAGUGGCUCGAAAAUCAGCUUGAUACCAGAAUGAGAUGGUAGGAAGACAGAGAGUCCAACAUUUUUUCGCUUUAAGCACAAUCAUACUUUACGCGUCGGUGCUCUGGGCAAAACAUUAUUGGAGGAAUUCGGUCUCAUACCAUACCACGUGCCUGAUUUUCUCCCAAAAUUGCUCCAGAUGAACAGAAAAACACUCCAAUUUCAUUGCAGAGCUCUUUUCUGCUGCCUUAAAGGACGUCGAGAUCUCAGUCGGUAUGCGUUCUACUUUGGCCGUAAGACAUUUUAGUAAAGUUAUCUUCCAACUUUUUUGUGUAUUUCUUUUAAAAAGCAAAUUGUUAUUUAUAAGCUAAAUUGAUGAUGUAGAUGUGGGAACUUAAGGCAGGCUGCUGAAGUACUGUAGUAGCUUCUACCAUAGCCUUAGCUAGGCUGAAACAGAAUCUAAGUCUGUUUUUUCUAAAUGUUACUCGUUUUUCUGUCUAGUUCCACCAUCUAGUAUUUUUUUUUCUUGUCGCAAUGUUCCAUAAAUGAUAAAGCACAGAUUCUGUAAUAGACGAAUAUCAGGAGGAAACAGAAAUUCUGCUCAGGAUUUUUGUGUGUGUUUUGAUUGGCAGUUCAGGAGUUUAUUAGAUUAUUACAUUUGCUUCCAAGCUACAAGUCAGUUGUCUUGGUUUUGUGUGCCUAGAAAUGCACAUCUUCAAAUUUGGUAUUUUAUAUCAGGAUCAGUAUUGUGUUAACACACUAUAUGUGUUUAACUUUGCUUUUUCAAUUUUUUGUUGGAAAAAAGUGUUUAGAAAUGACUUAAUGUUAUACUUCUGUAAUAUCUCCAGUUACAUAAGUGUAAGCAAUUAUUAAUUAUAAUUAUUAUAUUUUUUCAUAGAAUAGAAAAUAGUAGAAAGCUUAAGGCUUGUAUUUAUCUUUUUGUAUUUGAUGUUUUCUACUAUAAAUGGAAUUAUAGUGCACUUCCCUGACAGAAGUAGUUGUGACUUGUAGUUGCAAGUUAACUAUUUCAUAACUUAAUAAAAUUAACAAUUUAUCUCAA